UGGGCGGACAAUGGCCUGCAAUGGCUAAGGCUUUAAUGCCAAUCGAUAUUUUCAGAAAUAAAGUCGAAGAAUGUCAUCAAAUAUUACUUGAAUUUAAUGUCGAUUUAAAACAUUGGUUACUCUCUGAAGACAACACUUCCAUCUCAACAAUGACUGCUAAGUUCUGUACGACAACUGCUAUAGAGUUGGCGUUGUUUGAUGUGAUUAAAGCAUUGGAUGUCAAUAUUGACGGUAUUAUUGGACAUUCAUUUGGUGAGAUAGCCUGUGCUUACGCUGACGGAUGUCUGACCACAAAAGAGGCAAUGAUUUUGUCAUAUUUUAGAGGAGCCGUCACUGAAAACGAUAAGAAACUACCGAAAGGUUUGAUGGCUGUCGUGGGUCUGUCGAGAAACGAAGCAAAGAAAUUGUGUCCACAAGGAGUGUAUGUGGUCUGCAAUAAUGCCAAAGACAGUGUUGUCGUAUCUGGCAAACAACAAGAAAUGGAGGAAUUGAUUGAAAAGAUACGAUCUAUGGGUGUAUUUGUUCGCCAAUUGGACAGCAGUGGUAUACCCUAUCACUCGCCAUAUAUGCAUAGCUCGGUUAAGCCAUUGAUAGAGACAACCAGGAAAUACAUACCAAAACCACGGCUCAGAUCCAGCCGAUGGUUAUCGACAUCAGUGGUAAACUUAGAACAGGACAAUGAUAACAACGACAUCUUGAAAUAUGCUUCUUCAGAGUAUUUUGCAUAUAAUCUGUUAAAUUCCGUCUAUUUUUAUGAUCGUUUGAAAACACUUCCGACCGAUUCGAUUGUCAUAGAGAUGGGUCCCCAUUCGGUAUUCGGCAAAAUAGUUACCGAUACUCUUCAGUCGGCCACUUAUUUGUCGUUUAUGAAGAAAGACUCGAACGACACUAAUUUGGAUCUGUUUUUGUCGGGUUUGGCCAAACUAUACGAAUUGGGAUUAAAUCCGUCUAUCGAUAAGCUCUAUCCGCCAGUCGAAUGGCCAGUGGCCAGAAAUACCCAAUCAAUAGGAUCGCUGAUCCGAUGGGAUCAUUCGAAACAAUACUUUUGCAAAAAAUAUCCCGAUUUUUAUGCCCGAACCACGGCAUCGGAUAUGAACGUUGCGGUCAACAUACAGAUGCCUGAAGAUUGUUAUUACGCCGAUCACGCUGUCGACGGCAACAUAAUAUUUCCGGCCACUGGCUAUAUAAUGUUAGUCUGGCGCCACUUUGCCAGCUAUUGUGGCAAAACCUGGGACCAGACGGCCGUUCAAUUUGAAAACAUACAAUUCAAACGACCAGUUUUUCUGUCCGAUUCGACGCCGACACGACUCAAAGUCAGAUACUUUCAAAAUAGUCAUGAUUUUAUAGUUAUGGAAAGUGACAGCAUAUGUUGUUCGGGUAAAGUUAGCCGAUUGACCGAUGAUGGACUAUACGCACAGAAUCUAAUCUAUGAGAAUGAUGAGCACAGGGAACUAACCGAUGAGUAUAAGCUGACCAGAGACGACAUCUACAAAGAUUUACGUAUUGUUGGCUACGAUUACGGACCGGCAUUCAGACGACUGAAAAGCGUUCGGACCAACAAUUUUGUCGAAAUACUCGGUAGUUGCGAAUGGAACGGACUGUUUGUACCGUUCCUCGACUCUCUACUACAGUCGUCGGCAUUUGUGUUACCGUUUCGUAAGCUAAUGGUACCCGUAAUGAUCAGAUCGCUUAAAAUCGAUCCGAAACUGUUUUUCGAGGCUAUUGUCAAAAAUCGUGUGACUGUCGAUGACAAUGACGACGACGCUAUUGCCAACACCGGCAAAAACAAGCAAGAAGUGGCCGAAACUGUAGCCGAAGAGAAACGUACGGAACUGGAUGAAGAAGAACUGGCAGUUUCUAUAAUACAAGAACUGGAACAGACCAAUGAAAUGAACGAUCAGUUUUCUGAACGCUUUCAUAAAUACCAAUCGUUGGUAUCGUUUUAUUUUGAUUACGACUCGAAAUUGUUGGUCACCUAUGGUAUCGAAGUCUGCGAUCUCAUAAUGUUUCCCAUUUCCCGGCGAUCAGACAAUCAGGAUCUGGUACUCGAUUACUAUGAGUUUGUCGCCAAUGAGGACAUGGAUGCCAUCGAACCGUCCCAUAAGCGUAUGAUCUCUGAAUAUUUAGAGGUAUGCAAAAUGUUGAUUGUUUUGAUGAAAAAAUUUGGUAUUAAUAAUGAUAAUAUUGUAUACGAUAUCAACACUAAUAUAAACUAUGAAUUAAUCGAAAAAUAUCGAAAAUCAUUAAAUAAUGAAAACUUUGUAAUGUUUCGUAUUUUGGAUAAAAUAUUGACAACUAUUUGCGGUGAAAAUUAUAUAGCUAUGAUAAGAAAUUAA